CAGAAAUCCCAGCUGUGAAGCUCAGCAGCCAAAACAGGAGUCAGUGUACGUAGAAGAGAGAAGUUUUCAAAUCAGAUCGAAAUCGAGACGCUGGUUAGAGUCUACCAAGCUUAUCUCCCCGCCGUCCACCGCCGCCACUCGUUUCACACCCUGUCAAGCCGCUCGCCUCCGCUUAUAUAGCGCCGCCGCGUGCACGCUCCCGGUUUGGUUUGACUCUUGCUCUCUCUCUCUCUCGAUCGAUCUCAAGCCACCAGAUAUAAACGCACGUACACUUCACGCGAUAGCAGCAAGCAACUCUGACCGUAGAAGCUACCUUCACUCUCCUACCACUGCUACCACUGCACGGCUGUGCGGCCUCUUCUUGCUACUGUAACCUUUGACGCUACCUGCGACGACUCCAGCAGACAUGGCACUCACAGCCUUCCAGACCGCGGAGCAGCGCCUGCCAUGCCACGUCGAGCAGGCAGCCGACGCCGCCAGCAAGGCCGUCGCCGCCGCCGCCGAGCAGGCCGUGCCGCUGCAGGAGGCGGACCACGGCGGCGCCGGCGCCGACCAGCGCCCGGCCGACAGGGACGACAUAUGGAACAUGAUCCAGUCGCAGAAGCCAGCGGCGGCCCCGAGGCAGGCGCCGUACGUGCACGCCGCGCCCGUGCGCCGCGGCUCCUCCAGCCUGCUCACCCAGAAGAGCCUGGAGGUCUGCACCGAGAGCCUCGGCUCCGAGACCGGCUCCGACGGCUUCUCCGACGCCGACCGCUCCUGCCCGGGCUCCGACGACGACGCCGACUGCGAGGACGGCGCCAACGGGGUGGCCGCGCGCGCGGCGCCGGCCCGCACGUUCCCGCCACCGCUGCCCUCCCUGGCGCGCCGCACCGUGGGGUCUCUGCAGAUGAGGCAGCACCGCCGCGACGGCCGCCUCGUCGUCGAGGCCGUCCCCGUGCUCUCCAACACUCUGUUCCGAGCGCAGCGCCGCGGCGGGCGCCUGCUGCUCUCCUUCGCCGACACCGCCGCCCCGGCCGCCGAACACGACGAGGAGAAGAACACCGUCGACCAGGAACCCGAUCAGCAGGAGGAGGCCGAGGAGGAAACCGAGGAGGAGGAGGUCCAGGUCGUGGACAGGGGCACCGUCGUCGAGGUCAAGGUCAGCACGCAGCCUCAGGCGCACAACAGCGGACCGCGGGUGCACCGCUCCUCGCUCGUCAUCAACAAGUUCGUUGGCGCCGAGCCCGUCAACGCCCCCGAGAUCAACGACGCCGGCGCUGCACCGCCCAAUAAGCCUUCAGCUCUCAGCGCCACAGCUCCGCUGCCGGAGGAUUACGGCACUACCGCCCCGCCGGGCGAGGGCAAGGUGCUGAUGACCACGAGGCAGCGCCGGAGCAAGCAGGAGGUCCUCAACCACAUGCGCCGCUGCGGGCAGCUCAGCGGCCGACUCUUCAUCUGGGAGCCGCGUGUCGCCACCUCCUCUUGAGAGCUCAUCGUCCCACACUGCGCCGCCGCCUCUCCAUUCCGUCCGGCGUCCGAUUCCAUGCCUCGCGCGCCGUCGAGUGCUCUAUUUGUUUGUAGCCGUUGUUGCUGCCGUCGUAACGUAAACGUGCGUAAUAGUGGUAUUUGUGUUUUAGUAGUAGUAAGUGAUAAUCACGUGAUUGGCUUAGCCGCACGAGUAAGUGAGUGAGAGUGAGAGAGCUAGAUUGCUUUGUUUUAUCCCCGUGCCUCCGAGCACGUGUUGUAUCUACUUGCGUGAUUCCAGUGGUCAUAAUUUAAGAUUAAGAAGGUGCAUCCAUUGGGUA